AUGGACCCAUUAAGCAUCGUCGGCGUGGCAGCAAGUGUCCUGACACUUGCUGAUACUGCUUUCAAACUUUCAAAGACGCUCUAUUCCUUGAGUUCUGAGCUUUCUUCUGCUGCCGACGAUGUCAAAGAAUUGGCUGACGACCUGGAGGACUUUUCGAGCUCGCUCAAACAUCUUUCGAAGCUACUAAAUGAUAGUCGUUCAUGGUUUUCUGAUGAGAUCCGCCACUUGACGACUAAGAUUAUCCAGAAGUGCUCUAAGCUAUACGAACAAAUUGACAAGAUGCUCAUCAAACUAGGUAGUAAAGAGAAGAGUACUUGGAAAAUGAAAGUCAAGUUUGUAUAUAAAGACGCGCAGAUCGGGAAGUUGAUGAAAAGGUUGCAAAGUAUGAAAUCGACCUUAGCAACUAUUCUUAUGAGUUUGCAAAUAGAGCUAGGGAUCUCGCUUCUACAGUUAUCUACUCCAAGUUUGUCGAGUUCAAGUCGGAGUACAAGCGAUUUCGAGAAACACCUUGAACCUGGCACAGAAGAGAACCAUGGUAUAUUUCACAAUUUGAUGGCUUUGCCUAGCAGUGGAUUUGGACCCGGCAUGACAGCUCAAUUUAAGACUCAGGAAGUCACAUCUACGGUCUCAAAGGCUCCCAGCACAGCUCGUCGUAUGAUGAGACGUCCGGAUUUAAUACCGAGCAAAAAGUCUUCAGCGGCGCUGCAGCGCGAACCAUCUGCCAGAGGACUCACCGCGACAGCAGCUGUUUUUGAACCAAGUCGGUCCGCUCGAGUGAUGGUCGAGACGCGAAGUCUGAAAACGUCUUCGUCCGUCGAGAGCUUCCAGAGCGCCUUGUCGACACAGGAACCCGUGAACAAUUCUUCAUCUCAAGACGUUGAAGCAAUAAGAAAUGUUUUGCAUGCCUUUCGUACUGCUAUCGAUAACCUUUCUUUUUUGAUCAAGCAACGUCUUACAAGUGAAAACUCUACGUGGCAGGCAGCCGAAUCUCUAAAAGAGUCUUUAACAUUUCAAGAAAAGAAUAUUGCUCAGAUUCAUGAAGUCAACCACAAAGGUUGUGGACGCAUGUAUGUUGAAAUAUUCAACACUUCAAAAACUUACCUGUCAUCUGUCGACGGCAUCGCCCAGUCGGUAAUGACGGACAUUGCUAUGGCCAUACAAUGGAUGAUACCUAGUUAUGUACACUUAAAAACGUCGAUGUUUACCGAAUUGUUACCUUUGUCUGACUGCCAUGGCAAAGAAGUCAUUAAUGUCAUGCAAGAACUGUCCCGGAUGAUUAAAAUUUCAGCAAUGACAACAACCGCCACAAGAUUCUUUAGUAAUAUGCCUGAUAAGCCAAUGUUACCACCGUCGGGACUCUACUUUGGGGGACUAAUGACGCCGCGCGACGUAUAUGAUCAUGAUCAAGGCGACGUUGCUGGAAAGGACGAAACUUUGGAAGAUUUGUUGCGAGAGGCGGAACUGUUGAAAAAGAGUGCUCGCCUGAUUGAAUUAGAAACCUCCCAACAAACGGCAAUCGUACCCGAUCCUGAACAACUGACGCCUCGCCCAGCCGGUACAGAAUUAUAUGGCUCAGCCGAUGCGUUGCAAAGCACUGACCAGUUCCUUGACGACGUACUUUACAAGCUGGGCGGAGAUUUAGAACGCGCAUCUCAAGCUUUCCCACCCACUUAUGACGAUGUGUCUGUUUCUCAAUCUACCACUCCAGAAGUCCCAGCAGUGCUAGACCAAGGCACUGAUGUACCAGAAGAUGAUUUUUGGGCCGCUGUCCCUGUUAAGAAAUCAAAGAAAGACAAGAAAAAACACAAAUCACUUGCUAGUUGGGAUCCUUCUCAUGGGGAAUCCGAAAUCGUGGAAUCUUCGAUUCAGGACGAGGUAUCUCUUUCUCAAUCUACCGCCGCUGAAGUUCUAGCCCCUGGUCAAACAGUAGACUCAGUAGAAGAUGAGUUCCCUUUGCCCCUAUCUAAGAAGAGUAGAAAGAGAGACAAGAAAAAAGGUAAAGGGUAUUCACGCUCUUGUCAGGAACCCGAAAUCCCUGAGGCUUCGACUCUAGACGAUGUCCCGUCGUCUCAAUCCACCAUCGGUGAAGGUUCGACAGUUACAUACCAGCCGGUGGACCCACGAGAAAGUGUUUUUCCUCUAACAGAGUCUAAGAAGGGUAAAAAGGAUAAAAAGGCUGAAAAGAAAGACCAGAAAGAGCCCGAUCCGGUGUUCUCUCGUGACAACGACGCUGUUCUUGCUUCGCCCUCUGCAUUCCAAGAUACCAUGAUCACCGAUGCUAGCAAAGUUUCCGGGGCUCGUUCCCUGUCAUCAACCACACACGCAUGGGCGCCUGUUCGAGCUUCCUUAGCCCAUUACGGCGAUUUAUCUUCCUCCGAAGCGUCUAUGGCAUAUGACAGAAAGGACUUUUAUGGUCGACCACCGGUAUCAAGACCACGAAGCUCUACGAGGUCGGCAUAUUUGCUUCAUGGCACCCCAAACAUGGGACCACCCCCCAUCCUUCCGAAUGGAUGGCCACUCCAUAAGGCGCAGCCUGAUCAAAGCUUCCAAUACCAUUAUUCUAUGAAUAAACCCAAUUCACUUGAAUUAUCAGAACCCCAGACCUUCUGGUGGAUAGCCUAUAGAGGUCUGCAAACGAGCCGUGAGAUGGGUUCUAUAGUUCUCGCCACAAAUCUUGGAUCCCUUGGUUUUGGAACCCUAAGAAAUCCAGAAAUCACGACACGCUUGGCCGAAAAAGUGAAGAAUCACUCGUCUCAACCCAGACAAGCAAUAGAAACCUUGAAACUAAGUGAUAAUAUCUUAAAAGUCUUGCAAAUGGUGAAUUCGCAGAUGGGUCUCUCCCUCGCUUUAGUAGGCUGGUCUUGCGUAUGGAGAGUGCUUGAACUUCACGAAAAUAUCCUAGGAAAUCUCAUCGUCGUGGAGCCUCCGGAAGGGUUCCUCGAGGAGGCUCUCGUACAGACAACCGAACUCACAACUCUUAUCGCGCGCUAUGCCGUAAUGGAAAACCUAUAUCUGAAGUCCCCAGAUCUCUCGCUGAGACUCGACUACCGUGAAUCCUUACUGGAUCUUUGUAGACUAAUGUUACGGUAUUUUACGGAUCUAUUUGAGAUCUACAGGGGUAUCAUAACACCACUCAGUCAAGGAGGGCCGAACCAAGCUGUUUUUACGCAGGAAAUAAAGGAUAGUUUGCUCAAGGAGUUGAGGAGAAAGUGUAUAGGGCAUAUGGAGAAAGUUAGGGACCUUGAUAAGACGUGUAGGGCUUUUAAGGUUGAAGUCGCUGCUGAUGAGAGUGAGAGUGAGGGUGACUUUAUCGUAUAG